AAGAAUUUUUGGUUUCAUAGAUUACUAUGUUCCUGUCACUGUCAUUUUUUGUUUGUCAUCGUUCUCAUUAGAAAUUUGUUUGUAGAAUAUUCAGGAAAUAAUUUCAUCCAUUUAUUGAACAUGUUCGUGUCAUGAUGAAUCAUUAGGUGUGUUAUUCUUAGUCAGUGCACAGUACUAGUCGAAUUAUUUGUUAGUCGCGUAAACAAAGGUACUGUUCGUAAAAACAUGGAAUUGCCACAUAUCGGUCAGCACUGUUCGAAAUCCGAUUGUAACAAAUUGGAUUUCUUACCUAUAAGAUGCGAUGCCUGCAACGCUAUGUUCUGUGACGAGCAUUUUUCAUACACCACCCAUAAUUGCUCCCAUGCCUACAAAAAAGACAACCAAGUGCCUGUAUGUCCUUUGUGCAACAAACCAGUUCCAGUUAGCAAGGGACAACAACCUGACUUUGUUGUUGGAGCACACAUUGACAACGACUGCCAAUCGGAUCCAGCGAAAACACGCCGAAAAGUGUUCACCAACAGAUGUUCAUUUAAAAAGUGCAAAACCAAAGAAGUCAUACCUGUGAUAUGUACUGAGUGUUCAUUAAAUUAUUGCCUUAAACACAGACAUCCAGUAGAUCAUUCAUGUGAAGGCAAAGUAGCUAAAAGAUCUUGGCUGGUAAACCCACAACGUUCCACUUUAAACAACAUGAGUGAAGAUGAAGCAUUAGCCAGAGCAUUGGCUUUAUCAAUGCAAGAUUCUGGAGCUGUUUUCAGUGAUAAGAAAAGACAGGAGGAAUUGGAUUUGGCAUUGGCACGACAAUUACAAUCUGCUGAAAGCACCAGUUCCACCACCACCAUUUCAGGAAUUUAUAGGAGAGAUAGAUGCAAUGUUUCCUAAUAGUAACUUUUAACCUGUUGUAUAUUAAAAUAUUAUUCCAUUUUGUACACAUUUUACUCUCACUUUGUAAUUUAGAAUAGUUUACUUUUAUUGUUAAAUUAUUGACUAGGUUUAAGUAUAAUAAAACUGUUGCAUACCUAAAA